UGGAAAUUGAGAAAGAAACAACAGGAUAAGAAAUACGGCGUAACAGCUACAGGAAGUUGCUGCUAAAAUAUUUGUCACAGAUUUAUUAUGUCCAUUAUAAAAAUCAUGCAGCAAACACAACAGCAGAUGCACUUGUUUGCGCUGGACACUAACGAGGAGAAAGAGAGUGAGAUAUGUGGAGCCGCUGACUAGUCCAGCCACGAGGGUCCAGCAGCAGCAUGAAGAACUGCACUGCGUUCCGCAACGCGGGCGCCGGCGUGCGCUAACCUUUCGCUCCGGUACGGCCCGCCCGUCACAGGCGCCCGCGAGCCUCGUUUAGAGAUAGUACGACAACUGCGCCAAGAUGGCCGCCAAUGUUGUUGGUUUCAGAUUUGAAGAUGACAUUUUCUUUAAUAGUUUGUGCACUCGAGAAGAAAUGAAAAGUUUGCAAGGAGAACUUGGUGAACGGAGCGCACCAGGGCUGGCAGCUCAAAAGGCCAGCCAUUAUGGGCUGAGCCUCGAAUCAACCUCACUUUUAAAAGAAGUAAAAAUUGGGGGCUUUGAGGAGGCAAGCUGGAUUGGCGUUUUGCACCAGUUUAUAAACACUGAAGGAGAUCCAGAUGUUUGGCCAGUAUCAACUGUCUCAACACUGACAGGAAUCCUUUUCUAUGUAAAAAAGAGACAGACUACUCCACAAAAGGCACCAGUCCCAUUGUCAUCGGCCGCUCAGUGCCCGUCAACAUCAUCGUCUCCAUCAACAUCAUCGUCUCCAUCAGCAUCGACCGCACAGUCCCCGUCCACAUCAGCCUCAAAGUCCCCACAUCCAGAUAUCAGUGACAGAAGGAGCAGUUGUAAGAAGCGCAAAAGAACUGCGGCAGAACCACCACAGUGGUUUCUCGAGUAUGCUAAGAUGCAGGAAGAAAAUAUGGAGGGACUGAGACAGGAGUUUCAGGAGAGAAAACUCAUCCUCAUAGAGAAGAACAAUCUCCUAAAAAAGAAGAAUGAGCUUCAACUCAUCCUCAUGGAGAAGAACAAUAAUCUCCUAAGAGAACAGAAUGAGCUUCUUAAGAGCUACAUUCAGAAACGUCUACCACCCCCUCCUGGCAGUUCAGAAUAAAAAAAUGAAAAGUACAAAUUGUCUGUUUUUAAGUACACUGUAGCUGGUGGUUUAUCGUAGCGCACGUGCGAUUUCUAGACGCUUUUCAAUACCGCUGGAAGCAAGUCUGUCUUCACCCACAUCUUGGUGAUUACACACAUC